GGCCUAGUUCGUUUUUACAACUUGCAGAAACUUGCUAGUUUUUAAAACUCUUCAGCUCUGGGCUUUCCUGACUUCAUUUCUGUCUGAAUAUAGCAUUUUAUCUGAAUAUUGCUGAUUCAGUCUAAGCAGUAGUAAUCGUAUAGGUUUGGUUUACUUACACGCUUUAAAUUCAAUAAGCUUUACUGGUGUUUUCGCUCGUUUACAGCUCGCAGCUUGUGUGGAGUCUAAAACGGCUUCGUUCUGUAGUACAGAGCGGACACGGUGGGCGGACAAAUAACGGCGAACAGAGCACAAGAGAUUAUAUUGCACUUCUGACUGGCCGUGGAUCUUACUUUUAAAGCAGUACUGAGAAAUUUAGAGGCGGUAAAGCAGGAGAAGACCGAGAAGAUCCGCGGCACUUUCCUGCACCGCUUCAACGGCUAGCAGGUCGCUGAGCCCGGCUGGAGACCCGAGCAUGGCCCGCCUUACGACCCUUGAGCACUACAAGGCUGGCAUGUUGCUGAGUGGAGUUGGAGAUGCUCUUGGCUACAGGAACGAGCUGUGGGAGUACAACGAGUCCGGCCCGGCCAUACACCAGGAGCUGCAGGAGCUUGGGGGACUGAAGAGCAUCACAGUUCAACUGCCCGACUGGCCAGUCAGCGAUGACACUGUCCUCCACCUGGCCACGGCUGAAGCUUUAGCAACAGGAAAGGAAGGGGAGGAGCUUCUGCAAGAAGUGGCUUCACGUUAUGUGGAAGGAAUGAAGGACAUGGAGGGAAGGAAGCCAGGACCAUCCAGCAUUCUGGGUGUGUCUCAGUUAAAACCAGGCACGGAAGGAGGCUACAGGGUGGCGUAUAACCCAGAAGGUACAGGCUGCGGCGCUGCUAUGAGGUCUAUGUGUAUUGGCUUGAGAUACCCUCAGCCUGAACAGCUGUCCUCACUGGUGGCUGUUGCCGUGGAGACGGGGAGAAUGACCCACCCUCAUCCAACCGGAUUCUUGGGCGCUGUGGCUUCGGCUCUGUUCACGGCCUACGCCGUCCAGCGCCGUCCAAUCACAACCUGGGGACUGGGCUUAGUGAAGGAAGCCUGUCCAGCAGCGAAGGAGUUUGUGAAAACAGCAGGAUAUGCUGUGGAGGAGACGGAGAGGGACUGGGGAUUCUUCACUGAGAAAUGGGAAUGGUAUCUUGAACUGAGGGGUCUGUCAUUGGGGACCGAGCCAGUGAUCUGGCCGGACCAAUAUGGGCCAGCUGAACGUGAUGAGGCUUAUAAAAGCUUCAGUCACUCCGGGUGGGCUGGGCGCAGCGGCCAUGAUGCACCAAUGAUAGCUCUGGAUGCCCUUCUGGGGGCGGGCUCAAACUGGGAGGAGCUGAUGAGUCGAGCGGGAUUCCACGGAGGAGACAGUGACAGUACUGCAGUGAUCGCCUGCUGCUGUUGGGGUUUGCUGUACGGAACAGAGGGAGUUCCUCCGUGUAACUACAGCAAUCUGGAGUACAGAGACCGACUGGAGAAGAGCGCAGAGGAACUCUACAAGCUGUCGCACUGAAGCAGAGAUCACCUCAUACAGCGACAACACUCACCAUGUCUUAAAGGACAGUGGAUGUGUUAAAUCAGAUUAAUUCGAUUAAAUUAGAUUAAAAAUAGAAGACAGCUACUUUGGGGAAAUAAGGAUGGUACUUUGCUCUUGAUUUAAACUUUAGUCCUUUGCAAGGAAGAAAGAAGUAAAAUGCCUUAAAACAAUGUGCUCAACUCAAUUGUUACAAUUAGCCAUGCACAACACAAUCUUUUAGGCUCUGUUCACAUUACCAGGUUGAACCAGAUUUUUUGCCCUAAUGUGACUCAGAUCUGAUGUUUUCGGGGCUGUGUGGACACAUCUGAUCUUUUCAAAUCCCACUUGAGCCACUUUCAUGUGGUCCUAGAUUUGAUUCGGGGCUAUGCGACCUUAAUGCUUAAUGCGUUGCCAUGGCAACAGUGCUGAACAGAUGUUAAAGCCUGUAAACGGUGGAAAUCUCACCUCACCUUUUUCUCCUUCAUCUGGCUCUAAUAAUGAAGCUAAGAGCAGAUCAGAGUUAAUGAUCUUCGCAGCGAAGCUCGUUAGUUUGUGCUGAUGAUGCAAUGAUCGUCACGUGACUGAGUAGGAUGAGCUUAUGGGGGUCACUUCAGGCCGGUUCAUCACAUUAACGACAUAUUUCAAUCACUUACCUAAACGAGUGUGAACCGUCGAGUCAGAGAGGAUCUGAUCUGAGCAAUGAGGCUUGUAAUGUGAACGUAGCCUAAACCAUGAUCACAAUAUUGAUCAAAGUCACAGUAAGUAGCAGGUUGGUAGUCUUCUGUCCAUACUGUGCAGCUCUAAUACUGUAAUUUGCACUAAUCCAAUCACUGAUUCAUUGGCUACUCUUGCUAAUUAUUAGUUAAUUGCAAUGUGAAUGAAUUCAGAGUUUAAAUCACUACAUUUAAUGUGAAAUUUUGUAGCUACUGUGAAUAAACUGCAAUCAUUCAUUCACCUUCAGGGGAAAGUGUGGUUGGUAAUAAAUUCAACAUGCUGCCA